GAAAAUCUUCACUUGCUGCGUAUUAAGAAAUGCACUAAUCAAGUUCACGAACCGAACAACUCCAAACAGAAUCAAGAUAGCCAAGAAAGGAAGAGCUGAAAGCCCCAAAAACGGAACGCUAAUCCAGGAAAGAGGAGGCGAAUCUUUAUAGAGAGAUGGAGCGAUCUCUGUCAUCUCUUGCAUUCAAGGGGUCUGUUGCGGAAGCAAUUUCUGAUGCCAAACAGCAGAAGAAACUUUUUGUGGUUUACAUAUCAGGUGAUAAUUCAGGAUCUAGACAUUUAGAAACCUCCACAUGGUUGGACUCUCAAGUGGCAGAGUCUUUAUCUAAGUAUUGCAUUUUGUUGCAUAUUGCGGAAGGAAGUAGUCAUGCAAUUAAUUUCGCAGCAUUGUAUCCACAGAAGGCUGUCCCAUGUAUUACAGCUGUUGGAUUUAAUGGCAAACUACUUUGGCAGCAUGAGGGCUUCGUUGCCGCAGACGUUCUUGCAUUUAGCUUACAAAAGGCAUGGGAGACAAUGAUUGCUGCACUUGGCCCCAAGGCUGAACUUCCUCCUGAAAUUUCGAGUUCUGUCUCAUCUGAGCAGAGGAGUUCUUUGAGGGAAAAUAUCGAAUUGCCACUUUUAUCAGAAGCAGAAUCGGUCUCUCAUACGGUUAGGCCAACUAUGGAUUCUCAGACCACAGUCAAGGAAGCAGAGGCAUCUCUUGAGGCUAGACCAUCUAAUGACUCUCAGGUUGCAGUGAAAGAAGCAGAGGCUUCUGUUGAGGCUAGACCAACUAUGUACUCUAAGACCAAAGUGAUGGAGAUAAAUUCUGUUCCAGUUGACACAUUAUCUCCUGGGUUAGCUUCUGGUGGUCAAUAUGGAAGUGGUGGAAGUAACAACUCUGCUGUCCCUGUUGCAAAAGUGGAAAAGUCACCUGAUGUUGGCGGAGACGCUACUGGCAAUUCUAAAGAACGGAGUCUCUUGUUAACAAAUAAAUCAAAUUUAUCUGCCCAACAUCUGGUACUAGAUAAUGAAGUCUUCAAGGACAGUAGCAGUAAAGCAACUGAAGCUGAGAAAACGAAUGUAUCAGAGCCUUCAAUGGAUGUUCAUUUAAACAUCAAACUACCAGAUUGUUCCAGUUUACAAGUGAAGCUUUUAGCAACGGACACUUUGAGAGCAGUAAAAGGCCAUAUUGAUAGGGAACAAGACAUUGGCUUUUCUUAUGACCUUGCUGUUCCGUACCCACGCAAGGUCUUUGGUGAUCAAGAUCGAACCUUUCCCGGGGCCUGCAGAUAUUUGUUUAAAUAUCUAACCCUGCACAUGGAAAAAGGAAGUAGGGUGCCCAAAUUGUUAUUUCCCGAGUUUCGAUGCUGCACUAAUGCACUGAUAGUGGUCCUUCGUCACAAAGGAAAAUCACCAUUACAAGACCAGAAUGCUUUGCCUGACAAGACUGGUGCCACAAGUGGAAACACUGAAGGAUACUUUUCUUUUGUUAGGCGACUCUUCUCUUAUCUGAAUCCUUUCUCUUUUCUUGGUGGUGGUGCUAGCUCAGCAGAUGAUGCACACAUUUCUCAAAGUGGCAUGUCACAAAAUGGAAAUGAUAGACCAUAUGGUGUUAGUCCAUCAAAUGAGCUUACACCGGGUACCAGCAGCAGCAGUACGAGGAGCAGGAAUCGGUCUGCAUCACACUUUGGAAGCAAUAUUCAUACAUUGAAGCAUGAUGAUGAUGACAGUCCAUUCGGAGAUGGGAAUGCAUUUUGGAACGGGAAUUCUACUCAAUUUGGUGGUAGCGAAAAUAAAUGAUACAAAAUAUAAUCCUUGCUUGUUCUCGUAAGUACAUAAAGGUUUUUGUUUUUUGACUGACUUUUCUUUUAAACUGCAAACAAAUAUAAAUGUCCCGACUUCUUCUCUGUUGUAAUGAGCUUACAUACAUAAAGGCUGUUUAGGCUUUUAGCGAUCCUCGUUUAUAUGUUUAGCAAACUAUCUCAGUACAUGUAUAUUUUUUAAAGUUCUAUGGGUGAUUUUUUUUACCUAAGAGCUCAGAGUUGAUAUGUUGAGUAUAUCUGUAUAUGGUUCAUAGAAGAA